GAUUACGUUAUGAGGUUUCGCUCCGCCUCUUUAUCGGCAAAAUGGCGACCGAGCAGUGUGGAGCGAUGAGCACGGAUUCUGACAUCGAACUGCUUUGUGCCGAGGAAUUAGAAAGGGAAGCAGAGGGCUUCAAAGAACAAGGCAAUGCAUUUUAUAUCAAGAAGGAUUACGCAGAAGCUUUCAAUUACUACACUAAGGCCAUAGACACAUGUCCGAAGAAUGCAAGUUACUAUGGAAACCGAGCAGCCACGCUUAUGAUGUUGUGUCGAUACAGAGAAGCUUUAGAAGAUUCCCAACAAGCAGUGCGGUUAGAUAACACAUUCAUGAAGGGUCAUUUACGAGAGGGCAAGUGCCACCUGUUGCUUGGCAAUGCGAUGGCAGCCAGUCGUUGUUUCCAGAAGGUUCUGGAGUUGGAGCCUGACAACAGCCAAGCACAACAAGAGCUGAAGAAUGCAGAAUCCAUCCUGGAGUAUGAGAGAAUGGCAGAGAUUGGAUAUGAGAAGCGAGACUUUAGGAUGGUUGUGUUCUGUAUGGACCGUGCCUUGGUAUCAGCCACAGCCUGUCACAGGUUUAAGAUACUGAAGGCUGAAUCCUUAGCGCUACUGGGACGUUACCCCGAGGCCCACUCCGUAGCCAGUGAUAUCCUGCGAAUGGACUGCACUAAUGCAGAUGCACUCUACGUGCGUGGGCUUUGUCUAUACUAUGAAGACUGCAUUGAUAAGGCCGUCCAGUUCUUUGUCCAGGCCCUACGUAUGGCUCCAGACCACGAUAAGGCUCGGCUUGCUUGCAAGAAUGCAAAAGCACUAAAAGCCAAGAAGGAGGAGGGAAACAAAGCGUUCAAGGAGGGAAACUUUGAAGCAGCUUGUGAUCUAUACUCAGAGGCACUAACAAUAGACCCCAACAACAUCAAAACUAAUGCCAAGCUGUACUGUAAUAGAGCCACUGUGGGAUCAAAGUUGAAGAAACUAGAUCAGGCCAUUGAAGACUGCACAAAGGCCAUCAAACUGGAUGAAACUUACAUCAAGGCGUACUUACGGAGAGCACAAUGCUACAUGGAUACAGAGCAGUAUGAAGAAGCUGUUAGAGACUAUGAGAAAGUUUACCAGACAGAGAAGACAAAAGAAAAUAAGCAACGCCUAAAAGACGCCCAGCUGGAGUUGAAGAAAAGCAAGCGAAAAGAUUACUAUAAAGUGCUCGGGGUGGAUAAGAACGCUUCAGAAGAUGAGAUCAAGAAAGCUUACCGCAAAAGAGCUCUUCUACAUCAUCCAGACCGUCAUAGUGGUGCUAGUCCUGAGGUGCAGAAGGAAGAAGAAAAGAAGUUUAAGGAGGUGGGGGAGGCUUUCAGUGUACUUUCAGACCCAAAGAAGAAGUCUCGCUACGACAGUGGUCAGGAUCUGGAGGACGAUGGCAUGAACAUGGCAGAUUUUGAUGCCAACAACAUUUUCAAGGCAUUCUUCGGCGGCCCUGGAGGGUUUAGUUUUGAAGCAUCUGGACCAGGAAAUUUCUUCUUCCAGUUUGGUUAAUUGGAGGACUCUUCCACAUCAAUUACACCAGGACUUUUCAACAGUGUCAACCCCCCAUGCCCUGCCUCCCCUCCCCCAUCCUUAUUUAAAUAUGACUGAGUGAUUACAAGUCAGACGCUUGUCUAUGCCAUUGAGUCAGUGAUCGCAACCUAGUGACCACAUCCAGCAAAUGAUAAAUACCCGAGGAGCUGGGACAACGGGACGGCUCACGCACACGGUUGGUAGUCUUACUGGUUUUAAAAUGUAGCUGUUUCUUGUCUCGAAGGGAAACAAACACAGAAGUCAGUAAUGACUAACAGAGGUCCAAACGUAGGAUUGUUGAAGUGUUGUGCCCGCCUUUAACGGUGCGUUCAGGAAGCCACGUCCUAGGGAAGCUCGCCACUGAGGGGGGUUUUCUCUGCAUGAAAAUUCUGAAGAAUUCAUCAGACUGACAGCAGGCUGGCAGCUGCCUCUGUGUCACACGCCAGUAGGAGAGCUUCAGCUGUUUUUCUUAUAUUUUAAAAUUCACAACAGGAGCCUAAAUGUCGGCGAGCAGUACAGCGGAAGCACACUGCAGCGCUGGCGGGAUGGACGUUGGCUUUACACCAAGCGUACUCACUCUGCCUGUCACAACAUUUGUUUGUUGUUGCCAUUCACAGAUUGCUACAGUGUACAUUUUACUGUAAUGUAAAGUGUUGAUUUGUGAUAUUUUUAUUUUGAUAUGUAUAUUUAUUACAAAAUUCCUGUUUGCUGGUGCCAUCUGUGUAAGUUGAGGAUGCUUUUUUUGCUGUUGUAUUAAAGCUGCAAAGGAGCACUACCUCUGAGCAAAUCAGUCACACCCUCA